AUGCCAGGCCAAGUAGCACCCAACAACUCGCUCGCCACCGAGCCUGCACAAGCAAACCUCUCCUUCGUUCUCCAAGAGAUCGAAAACGUUUCUUUCGAAGACCGACCGAUUGUGCCUCCCAAACCCGGCCAAGUCCAAGUCAAUAUUCGCCAAACCGGCCUUUGCGCUUCGGACUGUCACUAUGUUCAUCAUGGCCGCAUUGGCGAUUUCGUCGUUCGCAAACCCAUGGUCCUCGGUCACGAAUCCAGUGGAAUCGUCACCGCCGUCGGAGAAGCGGUUACCACCCACAAAGUGGGCGACCGUGUUGCGCUCGAACCUGGUGUCCCAUGCCGUUCAUGCCAUGUUUGUUUGAACGGUGACUACAACCAGUGUGCGGAUCUCGAAUUCGCUGCUACUCCUCCUCACGAUGGAACGUUGUGCACCUACUAUAACAUUCAGUCUGCGUUUGCACACCAUGUGCCAGAUUCGAUGUCGUUGGAGCAAGCUUCUUUGAUGGAACCCCUUUCGGUUGCUGUUUAUUCGGCUGCUAUGCGUGGUCAGGUGAAAGCGAUGGAAAAUGUUCUCGUCUUCGGUGCGGGUCCUAUCGGUUUGCUUAACGCUGCUGUCUGCAAAGCUUACUCCGCUAAGCGUGUUGUGGUGGUCGAUGUGGUGGAUAGCAAGCUUCAAUUCGCACAAGAGUUUUGUGCCACUUCCACUUUCAAACCCUCCCUUCCCAACGACGGCGAGACUAAGAUCGAUUCGGCUACUCGAAAUGCACAGGACCUGAUCAAGUCUCUUGGUGACGAUGUUGCCGCGCGCGAUGGAUUCGAUUUGGUGCUGGAAUGCACCGGUGCAGAACCAUGCAUUCAGAUGGGCAUUCAAGCUCUUCGGCCCAAAGGUCGCUUCGUUCAGGUCGGAAUGGGAAGAUCCCAAGUCGAAUUCCCCAUCACCCGUGUUUGCGUCAAGGAGAUCAACGUUACUGGUUCCUUCAGGUAUGGUCCUGGUACUUACAAGACUUCCAUCAACCUCGUCAGCACUGGGCUGAUUGAUGUCACAAAGAUGGUCACCCACCGUUUCUUGUUCAAGGACGCUAUCAAGGCCUUUGAUGUUACAACAAAGGGUGUAGGCGAGGAUGGAAAGACGGCGAUCAAGGUUCAGAUUAGUCAGGGUGAGGCUAAGCAGUGA